GCUUUUAUUUUUAUUUGAGGUCUAAAAAAAACUUGUGGAAGUUUACAACUGGGCAUUCACAAAUGUGUGGUUAUUAAAUGUUCAGCAAUGACAUCGUAAAUUGUGCAGUCAUAACGCUAUUUAAAAAAAUAAAACAUUUUGCAAUUUCGGAGUUUUCUACAAGUUUAGAAAAUAUCAUCUGUUGAAAACUAUUAAUUUCACGGCAAAUCGUCAAAUGUGAUCUGGAAUCUUAGAAGAACUCGAAACGAUUACUUAUAAUAAAGAGACAUAUGCGAUAACAUAUAUUUUUUGAGGAAGUUCGCACAUUUCUAACAAUGCGAAAGAAUACUAUUUGGAACUAUUCUUUUAUAUUUAUUUGCUGCGUGCUUAAAAGCAUAAGUACGCAAGAUCAUGGCACACAUACAGUUUCUGUUGUUUCAAAUCGUUACAACGCGCAAAACCAAUUCAAACAAAAUCCAAAUGUAGCAUCACGUCACUCAUCUAAUGAGGCUGGCCAAAGUUUACACAAUUCACCCGGAAUGGCAGUCGAUUCGGAACAUGUGACACACAUCGCUGCGUCGCACGCUGGAAGUGGUGGAGAACAUUCAACUCAUCUUGAACAAAAUUUACAUAGAAGUUCAUAUAAUCUUCUAAGCGAGGCUAUGUCCCAGGCUGUCAGUAAUGAAUUCAGUUCGAUGGGCAGCGGUUCUGCAGAUGGCGCGUGUGCUGCAGAUGACUUCGACUGCUACAACGUGCAGGAUCGCUUUGGCAUGGAGGCUAUUGCAAGCUUACAUCGUCAACUUGAUGAUGAUGACAAUGGAAACAUCGAUUUGAGCGAAUCUGAUGACUUUUUACGGGAAGAAUUGAAGUACGACUCGGGUUAUGAAAAGCGGCAGAAAGCGUUUCACUUUAAUGACGAUAUGCAUAUAUCUGUCAAAGAACUGUGGGAGGCUUGGCUGAGAUCAGAGGUGCAUAAUUGGACGAUCGAACAGACCACGGAUUGGUUAGCACAAUCUGUACAGCUACCUCAAUAUGUUGAUCUUUUCAAAUUACAUAAGGUUACUGGAGCUGCUUUGCCAAGGUUAGCUGUGAAUAAUCUUCAGUAUGUGGGCAAUGUCCUUGGAAUAAAAGACCCCAUUCAUAAGCAAAAAAUUUCAUUAAAAGCUAUGGACGUUGUUCUUUUUGGGCCACCGAGAGAAACCGGAACCCGUUGGAAGGACUACAUAUUGGUUACCUUGUUGCUUAGCGCUAUUAUUGGUUGUUGGUAUGCGUACCAGCAAAAUAAAAAUGCCAAACGUCACCUGCGCCGCAUGGCACAAGAUAUGGAAGGAUUGCAGAGAGCUGAGCAAAGCCUACAGGAGAUGCAGAAGGAACUAGAACGAGCCAGAAUGGAACAAGAAAAUGUAGCAACCGAAAAACUAGAUUUGGAGCGACGUUUAAAGGAAGCCCCCACACUCAGUUCAUCAAACUCAGAUUUAGAAGUGCAGCAGCUCAAGAAAGAGAUUGAGAUGUUGCGAAAUGAAUUGUCGCGUGCAGAAUUCGAAUUGGUUGAUAAUUGCUGGGCACCGCCACCUCAGCUUCAAUCGUGGUUGCAAUAUACAUAUGAGCUAGAAAAUAAGAAUCAUCAGAAAAAGCGCGCAUCUGCUGAGAAACAGCUUCAGUCAGCCAGAGAGGCUUGCGAAAAACUGCGCAAGAAGCGAUCAAGUUUGGUGGGAGCGUUUGUUUCCACCCAUGGAAAAAGUAUUGAUGAUGUCGACCGAUCAAUUGUUGAGGCACGAAAUUCCCUUGGUGAUGUAACAAAUGAGUUGCAAGAACGUCUUCAUCGCUGGAAACAAAUUGAGACAUGUCUCGGCCUAAACAUUGUGAACAACAAUGGACUGCCUUAUUUGGAGAAUGUUCUGUAUGGGCGAAAUGGAGGCUUACAAAGUUCUAUGGGGGGUAUGAGUUCCACAAAAGGGUCUAGAACACGUAUUACCAACAGCACCGAAGACCUGGAUGAUGAGUCUGUUCAUGGUAAGCUGAACUUUGAGAACUUUUCGUUGCUUGCCACGGAAUAAGGCUUGUGCGCUCGCUCGGUCUGUGAGGACAAUAAAACACGGCUCUUCAGUCAAAGCAUACUACUUGACGAACUAAAUAAAAUUUAAAACCGCUUAUUGAACCCUGAAUGAAAUCUGUUUUACAUUAAGCUCUGUAUUAAUGAAGGUCAUAUAACAUUAUGUGUGUAUGAUAUUUUAAUCUUUAUAUUUGUAAUAUAUCCAUUUUAUUUUUGAUGUAUACAAAAUGUCAUCUACUUAAAUAUUUGUCAAACACAACGAAUACUAUAAAACUAAACUGAGUUUUGUA